AUGCUUCUCCUCCCCAGUGGGAGCUUCGACAAGGGCCUUUGGCGCACUCUCCUCAGCCACCCAGACCUCACCGGCGAUAAGAUCCACCAGCUAUGGGAUGCGAUCUUACGAGACGUCUCCAAGACGGGCUCAAGCACACUGACUCACCUUGCCGUCAACGAAGGAAUCCCCCUCCAGACAGGUGCCAGGACCGGUGACGAGCUCGCCGCCGACAAGGCGGAGAACAUUCUUCGGACUCCCAGCGGCCUCAAGAUCCUGCAUGGCGACUUUGGUCCUCCCAGCAAUCCGGCCAAGCCCUCGGCCGAGGACUUCGAGGCUGCCUUUUGGGUGUCAACGAAGCAGAACGGCAUCUAUCAAACAUGGGCCCCGCGCUGGACCAUGUUCAGCCGGGGAAACAUCAAGGAAAAGACGCGUCUCCUUGACUUUCACAGCCAAACAGCCCCGGAAGCCAUGUCCCAUCGCCAUCGCCCAGCGUCGUUACUUAAAAACCAUUGGGCGGUGGACUUAUACGCCGGUAUCGGCUACUUUACCUUCUCUUACGCAAAGCUCGGCUUGAGGGUCCUCUGCUGGGAGCUGAACCCAUGGAGCGUUGAGGCCUUGCGCCGCGGUGCCGUCGCCAACGGUUGGCAGGUCAAGGUCGUCCAGGAUGACGACCUUGAGCAGCCUGCCGCGCAACUUCUCACAGGUGAUGAGCAGAUCGUUGUCUUCCUCCAAGACAACCAGAAAGCCACGGUCAGGAUAGCAGAUAUCCGUGCCUCGGGCACUGCUGUCGAUAUCUUACACGUCAAUGGCGGACUGCUCCCGACCAGCGAGCCCACGUGGCGACCAGCGUGGGACAUGACAGCCACCUCUCUUGACGGCUGCUGGCUGCAUCUCCACGAAAACGUAGGCAUCCAUGACAUCGAACCAAGACGCACGAAGAUUCAAAGCCUGUACGACGGCUGGGCGGCAGCGACGGAGAGCGGCCGGACGGCGGCGGUCGAGCAUGUCGAAUUAGUCAAGACGUACGCGCCCGAUGUCUGGCACUGCGUCUUUGAUGUACAUAUUACAAGAUCUAGUUGUGUUACAUGA